AUGAAUUCUGAUGAAAACAUUAAAAUGGAUAGAAUGAAAACUAUUUUUCGGGAAAAAAAUAUAAAUAAUAUGAAUAAUAUGAAUAAUUUGGAAGGUAAUCAAAUUAAUGAUGAAAAAAAACCGAAGAAAAAAAUAACUAUAGUAGUAGAUGAAGAUGAUCCAUGUCUUAAAGAGAGAGAUUUAAUAGAAGAAGAAAAAGAAGAAGUUACAGACGUUACUUUCGGUGAAGAUCCAAGAUUUCAACAACAGAAUCAAACAAUACGUUGUUUUAUAAUGUACACCGAUUUCGAUCGUUGUGAAGAGAUUUUAGGAAAAGGAACAGCUACAUGCACAUGGUUCAAACAAGUUUUUCAAUCUAUUUGUCCAAACGAGUGGAUUCGUCGAUGGGAUGAACUUAAAGCUAAGGGCUUAAAAUUUUAAUAAAAAUAUAAUGUUAAAAAAAUUUUUUGUAAACAAAUAUAUAAUUUAAGUAGAAAA